AUGAAGGGGGAGUCAGCUUCUACAUCCAUGCAGCCUGUCAUAUCUUUGUUUCCUCCUACAUCAAUUUCUGUACCUGAGAUCCCAUUCUUGGAAAGGGUUGUGCCACAUGCUCCUUCGUCAAAAGGGGCGGGGGUUAAACCCGCUCCUGCACCAAGACCUCCUUGUCCACCUAGGACCACACAACCUCCAGUGGUGUCUACUAUUCCUAUGGGUACGCCCAAUGCAACCAUGAGAAAGGCACCCAUGCUAUCAAAACCCACGACCCGCCCACCCUUUGAGCUUCCUAUAAUGGUCGAUAUUCAUAGGCCAUCUCGCUAUGCGAAGGGGAAGCGCUUGUCAUGGGCUCCUUCAUCUCUGCUUGCACCUACAUCAUAG